AUGUACACAUACCACUACUAUAAGCAUGGCUACGUCCUGAAGUUCAUCCUUCUAUCCUCCUGGGAUACAAUCGACAACGCCUCACAGCCUCCGGGUUUGAUCUACUCAGUGGAAAUUACGGCGCUUGUGGUUUUCCGUUGGAAACGGUCAGCCCGAAUAAUCCUCAAACGCCUAACUCGCUCUUUAAGGUUGCGCCCAUUCGGUCUUGAGGGACCUGGACAUCUUUGCCAGUAUUGUGUGCAAUCAACUUCAAUUCGCAAUCCUGUGGUUUGA